CUCCUUCAGAUGAGAGAGAUCCUGGAAACGGUCGGCUGCUGCAUCGUGGAGCAGAGCCGAGAGCUGGUUCCGGCAGACAAGGUCCUCUAUGCGCUGAGAGACGUCACAGCCACUGUGGACAGCUUGCCGCUCAUCACAGGCUCCAUCCUGAGCAAAAAGGCUGCAGAGAACAUCUCCGCCCUGGUGCUGGAUGUGAAGUUUGGCAGUGGGGCCCUCUACCCCACCCUGGAGAGCGCUCAGCAGCUGGCACAAAGCCUGGUGUCAGUGGGAACAGAGUUGGGGAUCAGCUCCGUAGCCGUUCUCACAAGGAUGGACGAGCCAGUGGGGCGUCGAGUGGGUCACUCCCUGGAGGUGCUAGAAGCCUUGGAGUGCCUGGAAGGAGGAGGCCCCAGAGAUCUCCGGGAGCUGGUUACCACCCUCGGGGGCACCUUGCUGUGGCAGUGCAGCAGAGUGGCCUCAGUGCCCGAGGGGGCUGCCCGCAUUGCCCAGGCCCUGGACGAUGGCUCAGCGCUACGGACAUUCCAGGCCAUGCUGCAGGCCCAAGGAGUGGAGGCCACCGUGGCCCAGGCCCUGUGCACGGGCUCGGAGGACGAACGCUUCCAGGUGCUGGGCCGGGCCGGGACCCAGGAGGAACUGCUGGCUCCGAAGGAGGGAACCGUCCGGCAGAUUCUAGCCCUGCCUAUCGCUCAGGUGCUCCACGGUCUGGGAGCCGGACGCUCCCAGGAGGGCCAAGCCAUCAAUCACAGGGUGGGAGCUGAGUUGCUCAUCUCCGUGGGGCAGCCCCUGAGGAAAGGGUCUCCGUGGCUCCGGAUACAUCAUGAAAGCCCCAAACUGAGAGACGAGGCCCGAAGUGCCCUGCAAGCAGCACUGAUUCUGGAAGACCCUUUUGCUCCCCACUUGAGGGUGGCAAAGACCAUCUUUCCCCAGGCGCUUCCAAAAGAGACUGGGUCGAUGGGGAAACGGGGGAGACACGAACAGAAGCAGAACUUGGGCGGCGCCCAACCCCCGUCCAGCUGA